GUCGAUUUUGACGAUAUUUUUAUUUUAAUUUUGAAUAUUAUAAAUUAAAGAAUUAGCAAGAUUUAUAAGUCAUAAUGCACAUAGAAUUGAAACUUUGUGAUUAAAUAUUUAAACUAUUUCAUUUUUACGCGCGCGCGUACUGCCGAGGUUUUUCCCAUAUUAUUAGCUAAAUGUUACACAUGCACUGUUAAUUUUUGAUACCUCCGAAAACUUUUCGCAUUUUUUAAUAUAAUUUGAUAUUCUUUCGAUAAGUGUUGUGAGACCGGAAAAAGUAGAAGUAUAUAUAAUCAAAAGCAGUCUUUAAAAAAGUAGUGAAACAAUUAUAAUAAAGUAACGAACCAUGAAUUCCGAUUUAUAACAAUUCUUUUGGGUUCCUUAAAAUAGAUGGAACAUCCUGAAAAGCGUUAUUACAAAUUGAACCGAUUUUUGUUAUUGGCCAGUGGACUAUGGCCUUAUCAAAGCGUAUGGAGCGGUCGCUUAAUUAGAGGCAUUAUUACUGUCAUUACACUAUCCAGUAUAUUUAUUCAGCUAAAUAGCAUUUUCACGUCCAACAUCAAUAGGGAGUUCAUGGUGUUUGCGAUACAAGUAUUGCUAGUUACAAUAGGGAGCUUAUUCCAUCUAUAUGAACAUACCGGAAACUUAGACAAAUUUAAAAAAUUAUUUGAGUGUAUGUGGCAAGAUUGGUCUUUGCUAAAAACAAACGAUGAAAUCAGGAUUAUGCAUCAACAUGCCGAAAUCACGAAAUUAUUUACGUUUUAUUAUGCAGUUCUGUUGUAUGGAUGUCAAAUUAUGUACUUCAUAUGGAUGUUUAUGCCAGAAAUCCUCGAUGUUAUAUCACCCAUGAAUGAGUCUCGGCCGCGAAGGAAUCCUUUUGAUUAUGAUUUCUUUAUCGAUGAGGAGCGGUAUUUUUACUUAAUUCGAUUCUGCAUAGCCAUCGUGCUUAUUGUCUCACCAUUACCUUUUCUUGCCAGUUCCACUCUGUUUCUAGCUCUCACACAGCACGUUUGCGCAAUGUACAAGUUAUUAGGGUAUCGCGCGGAGCAUUUAUUUUACGUUAUUGGGAGCGCAGCAGUAAACGAUUUAAGUCGUGGAAUAAGAAUAAGAUGUGGAAACAUGGCGAUUUUUGUACGGCUACAUUACAACAUCAUACAGUUUGUACUUUUAUUUAAUGUACGCUUUAUUUAA